GUGAACAACACCUGGUUCGUCAAGUUCGGCACCGACGACGUCCAGGACGUCGUCCUGUGGCUGCGGUCACAGAAGCUGAAGGGUCAGCCGGUCAACGCGGCGAUCAAGUCGGAGCAUUUCCUCCGCAGUUUCUACCCCCUGCACCCUGCGCAGGCCGAGGCGGCGGCACCGCACAUGGGCUGGGACAUGUCCAG